GUAAUUCGAAAGACUGAUUAAAAGCAAGCAAAAGAUGGCUCAAAAGGUGGAAGCACAAGGAGGUAUGGGAGGAGAGGUAUGGGAUGACGGUGUUCACGACGAUGUUAGAAAGGUGCAUGUAGGGCAAGGGCAAGAUGGUGUGUCGUUUAUCAAUGUCGUGUACGAGAAUGGUUCACAGGAAGUUGUAGGAGGUGAACAUGGAAAGAAGUCACUUAUUGGAAUUGAAACAUUUGAGGUUGAUGCAGACGACUACAUCGUAGCGGUGCAGGUGACCUACGACAAAAUAUUUGGCUUUGACUCUGAGGUCAUUACAUCUAUCACCUUCUCUACAUUCAAGGGAAAGACCUCGCCACCGUAUGGAUUAGAUACCGAAAAUAAGUUUGUACUCAAGGAAAAAAAUGGAGGCAAACUUGUUGGAUUCCAUGGACGCGCUGGCGAAAUUCUAUACGCUCUUGGAGCAUAUUUUACUACAACCACAACUCCUUUGAAUCCUGCCAAGAAACUACCAGCAGUUGGUGGUGACGAAGGAACUGCGUGGGAUGAUGGUGCUUACGAUGGUGUUAAGAAAGUGUAUAUAGGGCAAGCCCAAGAUGGUAUAUCAGCCGUAAAGUUUGUGUACGACAAGGGCGCUGCGGAUAUUGUAGGAGAUGAACAUGGAAAUGAUACUCUACUCGGAUUUGAAGAGUUCCAACUUGACUAUCCAAGUGAAUACAUUACAGCAGUUGAAGGCACAUAUGAUAAAAUAUUUGGUAGUGAGACUGAAGUCAUAAAUAUGCUUAGGUUCAAGACUAAUAAGCAAACGUCUCCUCCCUUUGGAAUUGAAGCUGGCACAGCCUUCGAACUCAAAGAGGAAGGCUACAAGAUCGUCGGGUUCCAUGGAAAAGUCAGUUCGCUGCUUCAUCAGUUUGGAGUCCAUGUCCUUCCAGUCACCAACUGAUCAUCACAUAUUUCUCUUCUAUUCCACCAAAUUUGUUACGUGUGAUAUCUUCAAUAAGUUUUCUAACUUUUCUUGUUUAUUUAUAUAUGUUUUAAGUGUCUAUGCUCUGUUUUGUGAAGUUGUUAUGUCUUUGAUGUUAUAUGUGAUUGGCUUUAAUAAAGGUGGAUGAUUAUA